AUGCCAAAGCUUCGCUAUUGCGGACGUGGCUGGUUUCGCGGCACAGCUGCGCAACUUCAAGCUCCAGAAGUCCUAUUUUACGUUUGCCCUUCGAAGGAUAAACUACGAAGUUACUUUGAUGGCGAAUGUACUCUGCAUGACUUGACGCUCUAUACUGGCUUGGAAAAAGAAGCAGUUGCUUUUAUAUUGGAAAAGUAUAAUCGAGACAACAUUGAUAAAGAAGCGAAAGUCCAAGAGGCUCCGAAGAAAAGCUCGCUUCCCCCAGGGAAUCUGGAGAAUCGAUCGCUGGGCAACAACGUCACCUUUGUCAUUCCAAAACUCGACAUAUCAGAUGUGCGCGGUGAUGAAGCAAGCCCCGAUGAUGUCACACCAACCCCUCGAGAUCCAGUAGAUCAAAUUCUUCAUCAACCUCAGCCAUCUCAAACUCCCCAUCAACGUCAGCCGUCAACUGUGCAACGUAAUUUGGUAGAAUCUUAUCAAGACCAGGAAUCAACUUGUUUGCAUAAUCAGAGCCCUCGAGAGGUACCAGACAGUUCUGCCGAAAUCAGCGAUUUGGCAAAGAGAGAGCAGGAAUCAACUUGUUUGCAUAAUCAGAGCCCUCGAGAGGUACCAGACAGUUCUGCCGAAAUCAGUGAUUUGGCAAAGAGACUUGGUGCGCGACUUUUUCAAGACACUUCAAUUCUUGAGCAGCUCCGAAGCGUCAAGCGCGAGAAAUCUUUUGUUGAUCAGCUUCGUGAAAUUGUCGCAUCUUCCAGCACCAGUGAUUCAAGAAAACAGCUGCAGUUCAUCCCAUCUACGCCAGUUGCAAGACGUUCGGUUCCUCCUACUGUUGUGUAUAGAGAGAUCGAUGUGCAAACAUCCAUUCAAAUUGGCGAGUUACCACAGAGGAAAAUUGAAUUGCGUGAUAAAGCCACCGACUUGCCGUCUCUCGACUAUCUAUCAAUAUCAGAGUUGGGUGGACUAAGGCAAAUCCCGGAUACUUUUAUUGUUCAAGAGGAUGUGUCGUCGUCAGCGUUUAGUUCUGACCAAAGUGCAGGACAGAUUCCAUGUAAUAUGAUCAGUAAGGAGCACACCACGAUAACUGUAAAUCGCGAUGGAAGUGCAGUCUUGACUCCAUCAAAAAACGUGCGAGUGUCAGAGCUCAUGGAAACUGCUCCAUUGAACAGCAAUCAAGCUAUCAUUCACCCAGUCGAAGAUCUUUCUAAUGCUGUUCUGAACGCUAGCCCGCGCACUCCUCGCAUAUCUGAGUCACCUUGGCGGCCAUCAUCACGUCGUCUUCGCCUUGAAGAGGUGGAUAUCUCUACGAGUCAGGAGUCCAAUUCCAUUGGUGGGUUCUAUUUCCCGAAUAGCAAAGUUUUCUGA